GUCGAGGGCGGGCGGGCUCUUUUCAUCCAGACCACUGGGUUCAGUGGCAAGACCAGGCAGCUGGGAGUGCCAUCUUGGAACGGUGAGGCAGAGAAGCUGUCGAGCUACCGCUUCGAGGUGGCCAUGUUCGUGAAGAGCAUCAGGCUGAGCGACCGCUACGUCUGUGGAUCGCAGUUGGUUCGGGCGCUUGGGCCGCGGGUUCGGAACGCCGUGGAGAGCUGCCCGCCCAUCGACGACGUGGACCGCGUGGACGACGGCGGAAGACUGGUCGACUGGGAGACGGCUUUAAAUUACGCGCUGGACAAGUUGGACUACACCAGCCUGAACGACACAGGCCUACUGGCAGAGGAGCUCUUCCUGAAGAUCGCGCGCCGCGCAACUCAG